UUGACAGUUUUCAGUUGUUUUUUCUUCGCCGUCACAAAUUGUUCAAGAGGAACUCAUAUAGUUUUUUUUUAUUUUUAUUAAAAUUCAUAUAAAUAGUAAACAAUUUAAUUUAAAUCAAAUAAAUGUUUUAUAAACAAUAAAAAUAAACUAAUUUCAAACAUAAAUUAUAUAAAAUUUAGCUUGAAAAACAAUCGCAGAUCUGUAUCUCUUCUAUUGAUAUAGAAAGAAAUAAAAAGUACGUGCUCCUUUUAAUAAGGCGGAAAACCGGACGGUAAAUCAUUGAAAAUGACCACCAGUAGUGAGGAUGUUUUGUUGCAAAUGGGAGAAGUACGUUAUAAAAAGGGUGAUGGCACGCUGUACGUAAUGAACGAACGUUUAGCGUGGAUGGCAGAAAAUCGUGACACAGUGGCGGUGUCCCAUAGAUUUGCUGAUAUCAAGACACAAAAAAUCUCUCCUGAAGGCAAACCUAAAGUACAAUUGCAAGUUGUUCUUCACGACGGCAACACUUCCACAUUCCAUUUUGUCAAUCGUAAUGGCCAGCAGGCCAUGUUGGCCGAUCGAGAUAAAGUUAAAGAGUUACUGCAACAAUUACUGCCAAAUUUCAAACGAAAAGUUGACAAAGAAUUGGAAGAAAAAAAUCGCAUAUUAUCGGAAAAUCCUCAUCUGUUUCAAUUGUAUAAAGAUCUGGUGACUUCACAGGUUUUGACCAGUGAUGAAUUUUGGAAUACACAUGCUAAGGAACAUGCUUUAAAGAAAGUUAAUAAAAAGCAAAGUAUAGGUGUUUCUGGUGCCUUUUUAGCCGACAUAAAACCACAGACUGAUGGCUGUAAUGGUCUCAAAUAUAAUCUCACCGAUGAUAUUAUCCAUUGUAUUUUCAAAACAUAUCCUGCCGUUAAGCGUAAACAUCAAGAAAACGUUCCUGCCAAAUUGAGUGAGGCUGAAUUUUGGACGAAAUUCUUUCAGUCUCAUUACUUCCAUCGUGAUCGUAUAACGGCAGGGACAAAGGAUAUUUUUGCAGAAUGUGGUAAAAUUGAUGAUCAAACAUUGAAAGCUGCUGUGCAGCAAGGGGCUGGCGAUCCUCUACUUGAUCUUAAACAAUUUGAAGAUGUUCCUUUAGAAGAUGGUUUCUGUAGUGUGGCUGGUGAUCGUAAUACCGUGAAUAGUGGUAAUAUAGUACAUCAAAAUAUGAUUAAACGUUUCAACCAGCAUUCGAUAAUGGUCUUAAAGACAUGUGCAGAUGUUAAUGCUGCCUCUAGUGGAGCAGCAACGGGUCCUCUAAAUAAUCAAGCAAAAGAUAGUAAAACAGAAAAUGGUUCGGUGGAGAAAUCAAAAAAUAAAGAAGUUACACAAAAUGGUGGUGGCACUAGUACAUUGAAUAGUCCCGAAAAACCUUCGAAACGUCAAAAAAUUAUGGAGAAAAUACAUUAUGAAGAUUUGGGUGAACCACAAGUUGAUCCUGAUGGCAGCUUAAACUCAGAAGCUAAAAAGAAAUCACAACAAAUUACUCUCUCAAAAGUGGAACGUUAUUUACAUGGACCCAUGCCUAGUACUGGUUACGAAAUGCAUGAGGAUCGCAGACGUAUGGAAGAGAUACAAUAUCAAUUGUUAAGAUCUACAGAAAAUUGGAAUCAACGAGUACCUCAUAAAGUAUUAGUAAGCUCAACGGCAGCGGUAAAUGCCUUGGGUGAACUAAGUCCCGGUGGAGCCCUAAUGAGAGGUUUUCAAGAACAGUCUGUAGGACAACUUGUACCUCCGGAUUUUGAAAAAGAUUUACGUAAUUUAUAUUUAGCUUUGUCUGAAUUAUUAAAACAUUUUUGGCACUGCUUUCCACCCACUACUCAGGACUUAGAAACUAAAGCUUUAAAAAUGCACGAAGCUUUGCAACGUUUUAAAAUGGCUAAAUUACAACCCUUUGAGGAUCGCUGUUUACAAAAACUCUCUCCUUUGGGUGGCACUUUAACCCAACAUUUAAACCGUUUAUUACAAUCAGCCAAUACUAAAUUUGUUACUUGGCAAGAGCGCAAAAUGCGCCAGCAUAAAUAGCUACUACUCUAUUUACUUUUCAACUUUUAAGUUAUUUAAUUGAGAAAAACAAAUUAUGAUUUAUAAGUUAAUUACAAAAUAAACCAUUGAAAAUUUGAAGCUGUUUUCAACAAAUUCAAGAAACAUAACAAGUAA